UCUCUCCGUGCCGAUCGCCUCUCGCACUCUGCUCGCCGACCAUCCGUCCCGCCGACGCUGCAGAGCCGCAUCCAUCAUUCGCUGCCAGUUUCCUUCUGCACUGGAUGCCCCCCUUCUCCUCGCCCAACCCCUUUACAGCGUCGCCGAUCCCCGCUUCUCAAAUGGCUACUCGUCGGCCUGGCUCGAGUGUCCGCCCGAAGGAAAAGAGAUUGCCUGAAUAUCUGCUCUCGACGCCCCUGGCGUCGCGAACGCUCUUCCAGCCCGGCUUGAGAUCAACGGAGACCGACCCUCAGCGCCGAGAGCCGCUCUUUAUGCACAUUCCUGCUUCUAGCCUCAUGCCGAAGCCGCCCAAGGUCGGUUCGGACUCGCCCACGAGCCUUCACUCCUCCGAAGAUGACGAGAAAGAGCCCUAUGCGUCUAAAACUCAAUCCGGCUUGAGAGCCCCCUCGCUUCCCUUCCCGACUGCCGCCCAGCGACAACGCCGGACCCACGUCGUUUCGACCAAGGCCGACCUGGCUCCGGACAACCUACGUCUGCCCACGAGCUGGAACACAAAGGACAAGGGAGCAGGUCUGAACAUCGAAAACUCGAACAUGCGGGCUAUAUACCGAGGCGCUGGGCGGGACGACAAAGACGCUGCUGCGGUCCGGUCCAACCGAGGGGUGCCGCCCCAGUGCGGUAUCUUCUAUUACGAGGUCGAGAUCAUUAGCCACGGGCGAGCCGGCAUCAUCAGCAUCGGUGUCUCGUACAAGGACAACAGCCAGCUUACAAAGCCGGUGGGAUACGAAUCAAAUGCAUGGGGAUAUCACGGCGACGACGGAAAGCUGUUCAGCGGCCAGCAUCCGCAAGGAAAGCCGUUCGGCCCGACAUUUACCACGGGUGACGUCGUCGGCUGCAUCGUAAACUUUUACACAAAGUCCUUGGCAUUCACAAAGAACGGGGUCUUUCUUGGUAUUGCUUACCGCGAUAUAGCCAAGUUCAUGACCCAUAAGCUCUAUCCCACCGUUGCAAUGGCGUCCGAAGGCGAAGUCAUCGAGGCGAACUUUGGGAAGAGGCCCUUCAAAUUUGACAUCCAAGGGUACUUUGAGAGUGAACGUCAGCACCUCUUCGAAUCCAUCAGGACUGUGCCCCUGCCCACUUGCACACCAAAGAGCAACCUCCCUGCUGCCAAAACCUAUGCGAGCGUUGUGGCCAACACACCCGCUUCGAGCGAGCCGCCCUCGCCCCAGACUCUACGGACAAGCGCAACGCUGGAUGUUGGACAGCUCGUUGCAGAAUACCUUGCACACCAUUGUUACUUUGAUACCCUCAAGGCUCUUCCGCGCCCGGCGAGCACCCUGGAUGUGACGCACCAGAUUCGAUUCGACAUCCGCAGCGCCAUUGUUGGUCACGAGCCAAGCAAGGCAAUUGACCUCUGCCAGCACCACUUUUCAAAGCUUUUCGAUACCGAGCCGCAUCUGCUCUUCCAACUGCAGUGCCUCCACUACAUUGAGCUGUUUCGAAGACUCUACCCGAACGACAGGACUGUGUGCUCAUUUUUCAAAUGCGAAGCCAAGGGUGGCGAAGAAGACAGCAGCAUGCCCGAUGCAAGUAUCUGUGAGGACAUGGAGAUCGACGGGAGCGACGGCAUCAGUGGCAUCAGCGGCAUGCACAGCCUGGAAAGCGACGGAAGUUUUGACGAGCACUCGGCAAGGUCGCGAUCCAAGGGCAAGAUGCGGAUCGAUGUGGAUGAGGACCGUUCGUACGGUUGGAUGGAGCUCCUCCAGUUCGGACAGCAGCUGCAGGUUCAAUACGGCGACAUCGAGCUUGCGUCUGGAUCGACAGGAGAGCAGGUCCAGGACGCUUUGGAUGAAAUCCACGGUCUGCUGGCAUACACGGCGCCCUAUUCCAGUCCGGUGGGCUAUCUCCUCGCAGACUCGGUGGCCGAGCGCACGGCCGAUCUCGUUAACCGGGCCAUACUUGAAUACCAAGGCAAGAGCAGCCAGUCGAGCCUCGAGCGUCUGCUGCGCCAUACCAGCGUCAUUGUGGACGACGCCCUUCCGAACGAGAACGAGGGCAUUUCGGCCUUCUUGUACGGACAGUGGGAUUAGCCGGUCCUCAAGCUGCCGGCGAAGAUGCUCGACGUGACUGUAGAAAGCGGCCGAUAGAGAUUGGUCUGGACAAAGGAUAGUGCAGUUUGCGAGCGGGCACGGGAUGGGCUGUGGGGCUGGGUUGAGACUGAGACGACGAAGGCCAACUCUCUCUCUCUCUCCCUCUCUUUCUCCAUCGCUUUGCCCUCUCUCUCGACUCGGUAUUCUUCAUUGUUCCAACUUGUUGUCACCGCACUUGAUCCGGUCGGGAGACCAUCUUGCGUCAUUCGUAUCCAUCGCCGCCGUUUUCUCGCCUCUCCCUAUAAACCUUUGUUUGCAUUCCACCACUUCUUAUCAAACCCACAUCGAGUGUACGCGAGCUCUAAAUCAGUCCUGUUCCUGGUUUCCCCUCGUCGAUUCUACGGUUUGAAGACAUGUGCAUGCGUUAACCCGAUGAUUGUCUGUGGAUUAUGGGUGUAUUUUGAUCUCUCAACAUGGAGCCCUCAGUUGUGCCUUGU